CCAAUCCAUGCGUUGUAUUGUUGUUAUCGGGAGUGGGGGAAGUUUCUGCUACCGUCAGUCUAGGGAUUGUUUAAUAACAAUGUCCGAAGUACUGAUGAAAGAAAUGGAGGAGGUAUCGCUUUGUCACAUAAAAACAGAAGAACACCCGGAAAAUGGUCGGAGUUUUCUUUUGGUUGACGAACAAGAAAAUCUGCAGGUAACGACGUCGGUUUGCUAGCACGCAACUAACGUUAACUGGCUAACGUUAGCAGAAUGAAAACAAAGUCCACACUGGUUGGCCAAAGGGUAACAUUAGCCAGAUGUCAUUUUUGUGUAACAAAAUUAAAUAUGUCACGUUGCCAUCCCGUCUUGACUGCACAACUAACAGCCAACUACGGUGUUAGUUAGUUAUCGUUAACGUUACUCAUUAUUUUGACAUGGGCCUCGUCUAAGCUAACCUAACUUACUACGGUACGUCGGUAGCGGAUGAACAGUACUAGAAGGCUAUUGUUGUUUUGUAGCAAUUUCUUCGAAAUGGUCGACGCGCAGCAAACUUGAUAGGAAUGAUUUAACUGUAGCCAUGUAAAUAUGACUAGCUAGUCAAAGUUAACGUUAAAGAUGGUUCGUUUUCAAAAGGGCAGGAGUAUUAUACCUUGAUGUCUGUCACAUAGAUAAUUAUAGAGGCCUCUAGUGGCCAAAAGGACAUUUGAGCAUGGGCAGCGCCAUUGAGGGCUUCCGCCAUUUAAAGUAGUCAACUGGGUGGGGAUCCCUAUGGGUUGUAGCCUCAAUGGCGCUGCCCAUACUGUCACAGAUACAGAUAUUAGGGCCUCUAUCUAGCUCUAUGGUCUGUCAGUAUGACUGGCAUUGUUUCAGUUUCCUUUCAGGAAUGUCCCCAAUUAAUCAGGCUGUGUAAACACACCACACUCUAUAUGCUUUUAGCAACACAGGUGUAUUUACAUACUUGGUGCUCCCAGUUGUAUUGGGUUGUACAAAAACAGAAGUUAAAUACAAUUCCAUUUUGACUUACUGUACCGGUGGGCUGUUGCAGACCCACUUCCUCACCUUACAUUUACAUUUCAGUCAUUUAGCAGACGCUCUUAUCCAGAGUGACUUAGUUAGUGAGUGCAUACAUUUUCAUACUGGCCCCCCGUGGGAAACGAACCCACAACCCUGGCGUUGCAGGCGCCAUUCUCUACCAACUGAGCUACAGGGGACCUAUACCUCAUGUCAAAAUAAAAGGCCCCCACAUGUUAUUCUUUUUUUUUUUUACCACAUAUGGCACACAUGCAGGACUUUUAUUUUGACUAGAGGUAUGCAGAGAGGAAGUGGGUCUACACCAGACCCACGUUUGGAAAGUCUGUUUAAUAAUACGAUCCUUUAGAUUUUCUGUCUCAAAUUCCCAUCAUAAUGACCAAUCAUCCUGCCAACCGGCACCGUAAGUUGAAAUGGAAUUGUGUUUAACAUCUGGCUUCCUGUGUACUGUUUUUGUGCAACCCAAUACAAUUGGGAGUAACACUAGUGUAUCUAAAUAGACCCGCAUUGCUAAAUAAUAAUAUGCCAUUUAGCAGACGCUUUUAUCCAAAGCGACUUACAGUCAUGUGUGCAUACAUUUUUACGUAUGGGUGGUCCUGGGGAUCGAUCCCACUACCCUGGCGUUACAAGCGCCAUGCUCUACCAAUUGAGCUACAGAGGACCACUAAAAACAGCUAGCCACACUUAAGCCUUGACUGAAGCUAAUUAACUGUCUUGUAGGGUUGAGCCUAGCUCUCGAGAGCCCAAUGGGGUAUGGCUAGCAACCCAGCCCUUGAGUUCUCAAUUGAACACCAGGACCACACCUGGAUCAAUGAACUACAAUUCAGACAAUCUGUUUUGGAAAUCUUUGGAACUUCCACAUCAAGGAGAAAUAAUCUUUCAAAUACAUAAUAUACACUUACUGUAUGCAGUUUAGCAAUGUUGCAUCCUGGUUGCACCCGACAGAAUUAUCAAAAGCACAGCCAUCAGCCCGAGGUACUACAUUUCCUUACAUUUACAUUUUAGUCAUUUAGCAGACGCUCUUAUCCAGAGCAACUUACAGUUAGUGAGUGCAUACAUUAUUAUUAUUUAUUUUUUUCAAACUGGCCCCCCGUGGGAAUCGAACCCACAACCCUGGCGUUGCAAACGCCAUGCUCUACCAACUGUGCUACAUCCCUGCCGGCCAUUCCCUCCCCUACACUGGGCCAAUUGUGCGCUGCCCCAUGGGUCACCCGGUCACGGCCGGCUAUGACAGAGCCUGGAUUCGAACCAGGAUCUCUAGCGGCACAGCUAGCACUGAGAUGCAGUGCCUUAGACAACUGCGCCACUCAGGAGUCCUUCCCAGUUAUGCUCUAUUGGGGUCGUUUGAAGCUGAAAUUGGAGGGGAGGAAGUGUAGUCUCGGUUGGAGGCGGUGUUCUUACAAAUACAUCUUCAUGUUUUUUGUACAUAGUAUAGAGCACAUACACUGAGUGUUCAAAAUAUUAGGAACACCUGCUCUUUCCAUGACAGACUGACCAGGUGAAUCCAGUUGAAAGCUAUGACCCCUUAUUGAUGUCACUUAUUAAAUCCACUGGUUAAAGAAGGAUUUUUAGGCCUUGAGACAAUUGAGACAUGGGUUGCGUAUGUGUGCAAUUCAGAGUGUGAAUUGGCAAGAAAUAAUAUUUAAGUGCCUUUGAACGGGGUAUGGUAGUAGGUGCCAGGUGCACCUUUUUGAGUGUGUCAAGGAAUGCAACGCUGCUGGGUUUUUCAGGCGCAAUGGUUUCCCAUGUGUAUCAAGCAUGGUCCACCACCCAAAGGACAUUGGGGUCAACACGAACCAGCAUCCCUGUGGAACGCUUGCGACACUGUGUAGAGUCCAGGGAGGGGUGAAUUUGAAAGGCCUACAUUUUCCUAUCAAACGUUCCAGCUGUCUUGAUAUCCUAGCAAGAAACCAUAUUGAUAUAGCAAUGCUCCAAGAAACACACCUGCUCCAUAAGGACUCAUAAAAUGCAGAACCAUUUGUACCAACUGGCUGCUUUUUCAUCAGCCCCAAACAAAACUAAAGGUGUAAUCGUAAUGAUACAGUGGGGGAAAAAAGUAUUUAGUCAGCCACCAAUUGUGCAAGUUCUCCCACUUAAAAAGAUGAGAGGCCUGUUAUUUUCAUCAUAGGUACACAUCAACUAUGACAGACAAAAUGAGAAAAGAAAAUCCAGAAAAUAACAUUGUAGGAUUUUUAAUGAAUUUAUUUGCAAAUUAUGGUGGAAAAUAAGUAUUUGGUCAAUAACAAAAGUUUCUCAAUACUUUGUUAUAUACCCUUUGUUGGCAAUGACACAGGUCAAACGUUUUCUGUAAGUCUUCACAAGGUUUUCACACACUGUUGCUGGUAUUUUGGCCCAUUCCUCCAUGCAGAUCUCCUCUAGAGCAGUGAUGUUUUGGGGCUGUCGCUGGGCAACACGGACUUUCAACUCCCUCCAAAGAUUUUCUAUGGGGUUGAGAUCUGGAGACUGGCUAGGCCACUCCAGGACCUUGAAAUGCUUCUUACGAAGCCACUCCUUCGUUGCCCGGGCGUUGUGUUUGGGAUCAUUGUCAUGCUGAAAGACCCAGCCACGUUUCAUCUUCAAUGCCCUUGCUGAUGGAAGGAGGUUUUCACUCAAAAUCUCCCGAUACAUGGCCCCAUUCAUUCUUUCCUUUACACGGAUCAGUCGUCCUGGUCCCUUUGCAGAAAAACAGCCCUAAAGCAUGAUGUUUCCACCCCCAUGCUUCACAGUAGGUAUGGUGUUCUUUGGAUGCAACUCAGCAUUCUUUGUCCUCCAAACACGACGAGUUGAGUUUUUACCAAAAAGUUAUAUUUUGGUUUCAUCUGACCAUAUGACAUUCUCCCAAUCCUCUUCUGGAUCAUCCAAAUGCACUCUAGCAAACUUCAGACGGGCCUGGACAUGUACUGGCUUAAGCAGGGGGACACAUCUGGCACUGCAGGAUUUGAGUCCCUGGCGGCGUAGUGUGUUACUGAUGGUAGGCUUUGUUACUUUGGUCCCAGCUCUCUGCAGGUCAUUCACUAGGUCCCCCCGUGUGGUUCUGGGAUUUUCGUUUACAUAAACAAUUUUUUUAUGUAAACGAGUUGAAUAAAUCAAAAUUAAAGAAGAUAGCAGAUUUUGAAAUGUUGAUUAACUGUUCUCAACAAACACUCUUUUCAGACCAGGUAGCUAUUACUCUUUCCAAAGUCAAGACAUAACUUAAUUUAUUGAUAAGACAGAGAGCAGGAUUUGCCAUCCAUCGAGUAAGACUCUACCAUUACUUCCAUGGUAAUCGUCCCAGUCAUUUACUGGCCAACAAGCUACGCAGUAAUGAUCAAUUAGCUGAUAUAGCAUCUAUUGAAUCUGAAACAGGGGAAUUACUAUCAGAUUCCUCCGCUUCUAUAAAGAACUGUGUACACCUCUGAUUGUAAAUCCACACCAAGCCAGACUAAGUUCUUUCUAAAAUAAUUAAGAGCUCCUCUUCUCUCAACAGAGGAAGCCACCUUACUGGGAGCCCAAAUUUCUCUCAGUGAUCUCAAACGCUUUUGGAUAGCAUGAAUAAAGGCAAAUCACCUGGAUAGGACUGUAUUCCUCCUGAGGUCUAUUUAAACGUUUUGAAUCAAUUAGGUCCACUAUUGCUCAAAAUGAUUAAUACAGCCAUUCACAAAGGUUCAUCUGGGAGGGAUGUGAAUACAGCACUAAUUUAGUUUUUAUUUAAAAAAGGUAAGGAUGCCACCCAGUGUUCUCACUAUCGCCCCUAUCUUUGAUAAAGACAGAUAUUAAACUGUUUUCUAAAAUGUUGCUGUCCCAUCUCGACACUUGCUUACCCAAAUUGGUCCACACUGACAAAAGCGGGUUUGUUAAAAAGUGUUUAUCCUCGGAUAACCUCUGUUGACUAUUACAUAUCUUAGAUGCUUAAUCAGAAACAACAGCUUCUUAGGCUGUAUUAUCUGUUGAUGCAGAAAACACUUUUGAUAGACUAGAAUGGUCAUAUCUCUGGUCUGUCUUGGAACUUAUGGGAAUUGGCUCCAAUUUCAUUAAUAUGAUUAAAAUGCUAUAUGCCAAUCCCUCAGCCAUAGUUAUAACAGGCAAUUUCUGCAAUGCUCUGUUCAAAAUCACUAGAAGCAGCAGACAAGGCGAUCCAAUUUCGCCUUUGCUAUUCCUAUUAUCCAUGGAAGCCCAGGCAAUUUGUCAAUUUGAAGGAAAUAACACACAUUUCCCUAAAAUCUACUGAUCACUUCAUCUCAUUAUACACAGAUGAUAUUUUACUAUAUCUAGUCAAUGUAUCCUAGAUAAAUUCAGCUUAAUCUCAAGCUAUAAAAUGUAUCUAACCAAAUCGGCCCUACUGCCUCUCAAGACCCCAUCUCUACCAUCUCAGGACUCCAUCUCUACCAAUCAUUUCCCAUCUUAAGCAUUUGGGAGUAGAUACAGUGAGGGGAAAAAAGUAUUUGAUCCCCUGCUGAUUUUGUACGUUUGCCCACUGACAAAGACAUGAUCAGUCUAUAAUUUUAAUGGUAGGUUUAUUUGAACAGUGAGAGACAGAAUAACAACAAAAAAAUCCAGAAAAACGCAUGUCAAUGUUAUAAAUUGAUUUGCAUUUUAGCAAAUUUGAGGAGGCUUCUGAUGUUAACAUGCAAGAAACCAAGGCUUUUACAGUUACAGAAGUCAACAAAUGAUAGUGCCUGGAGUAGGAGUGAUACUGGGGGCUACAUGGCCUGGGUUACCCUCUACAUCAUCAGCGGAACAGAGGAGGAGUAGAAUAAGUAUACGGAUAAAGGCUUUAAGAACUGGUCUUCUAGUGCGUUGGGUACAGAGAAUAAAAGGGGUAGAUUUCCGGGCGUUGUAGAAUAGAUUCAGGGCAUUAUUUACAGACAAGAAUAUGGAAGGAUGUGAGUACAGUGGAGGUAAACCUAAGCGUUCGGUAACGAUGAAAGAGAUGGCAUCACUGGAGGCACCGAUUGAGCCGGUCUCCGCGUGUAUGGGGGGUGGGACAAAGGAGCUAUCUGAGGCAGGUUGAGCGUGACUGGGGGCUCUACAGUGAAAUUGUAUAUUAAGAACUAACCGAAACAGCAAUAGGCAAGGCAUAUUGACAUGGGAGAGAGGCAUAAAGCAAUCACAGGUGUUAUUUGAAAGAGCUAAGGCAACAACUGGUAAUGGCGACAAAAGUUUUGGCUGAGGCUAAACAGAUAAACAGGACAGAUAAACAGGAUGGGGUACCGUGUAAAGGAACAGUCCAGCAGGCAUCAGCUGUGUAGCUGAGUGAUCAUAAGGUCCAGUGAACAGCAAUAGGUGAGUCCAGGAGCAGUUCGAUGGCUGCUACGGCACAGGCGAGCAAGAGGCACGGCUGUUGAUUGCGUGUGCUAGCAGGCCAGGGCUAGCAGAUGGAUCUUCGUGGUCAUCACAACGGGAAGCCUGUUGAAACCAUAUCAGACGAUUAUGUCGGCAGACCAGUCGUGAUGGAUCGGCGGGGCUCCGUGUCGACACUAGGAGGUCCCGUCCGGUUGACAUAGAGGUAGAUAGCCGGGAGAUGGGCCUGGCUCGAGGCUAUCUCAAGGCUAACUGGUGCUAGCUUCGGGACAGUGGUGAUUAGCCAACAACAACAUCCAUUCGGUUGCAGUUAGCUAGUUGCAAUGAUCCGGUGUUAAGGUCCAGUGACUCAGUGAUUCCGGCAGAAAAUCCGAUAUGUUCUGGGUCGAUAGCGCGCUGUGCAUACUGUGCAGACUGUCCGAUAAUUGUCCAGGAUAGAGCUGGCUGGUAGGUAGUGCAGGCCAUGGACAAUGGUGAAAACCGCUAACGGUGGCUAAUAGCAAGUAGCUAGUUAGCUGGCUAGUUUCAGCCGGAGGUUCUAGAUAAAAAGGAAUAAGAAAUAAUAGAAUCCAUUCCACAUUGGGUGAGGCGGGUUGCAGGAAAGUAUAUUUAGUUGAAGGAUGAAAAGUGAGAUUGAGAAAUAUAUACGAAAAAGACAAAAAAACAAAAAAACUGGCACACUACAGAAUACACGACCGCACUGCUACGCCAUCUUGGAUUACGAAAUCAAAUUUAUUGGCAUGCCCAUACUCCAAUAUUUCACAAUAAUGUCUUGUGAUCUGGAGGGCGGCCUUUGUAUCCCCCAAUGGUCCAAAUGUGGUAUCCAUACCAUACCGAUAUCAUGGACAGCAAUGGUUUGAGAACAUUCCAAGAUUUGAAAGAUGCAUACACAUUACCUUCAUGUCUUAAAGUAAUGAUGGACUGUUGUUUCUCUUUGCUUAUUUGAGCUGUUCUUGCCAUAAUAUGGACUUGGUCUUUUACCAAAUAGGGCUAUAUUCUGUAUACCACCUCUACCUUGUCACAACACAACUGAUUGGCUCAAACGCAUUAAGAAGGAAAGAAAUUCCACAAAAUAACUUUUAAGAAGGCACACCUGUUAAUUGAAAUGCAUUCCAGGUGACUACCUCAUGAAGCUGGUUGAGAGAAUGCCAAGAGUGUGCAAAGCUGUCAUCAAGGCAAAGGGUGGCUAUUUGAAGAAGUUUAAUACUUUUAUGGUUACUACAUGAUUCCAUAUGUGUUCUUUCAUAGUUUUGAUGUCUUCACUAUUUUUCUACAAUGUAGAAAAUGGUAAAAAUAAAGAAAAACCCUUGAAUGAGUAGGUAAAACUCAAACUUUUGACUGGUAGUGUACAUUUUAAGUUUGUUCACAGACUGUAUUUAACACCAAGGAAACGUUUAAUGUUGAAAUUGACCCCAACUGUUCACUGUGCCCCCGACAUCAGGUAAGCAUAUUAAUUUGGGAGUGCCCUGCAGUUAUAUGCUUCUUCGGCAAAGUAAAGAAAAUAAUUUAGAAGUGCAUGAAUUAAAAUUUUAAAUGCUUUGCAUCUGUUAUGUUACUUAAUUAAUGAUGAUAGCCCCUUGAAUCUCUCAAUAAAUCAUAGAAGAUUACUGGUUGGGGAGGGAGGAUGCGGGUGAAUGGGGACUGAGGGGUGGAAUGGGGUGGGGUUAUCUUUAUAUGCAUUUCUUUGACAGUUUUUUGUACCUGUAACCCCCCCCCCCCUGCUCCCCCUACGCUCUACGCUGACCUUUUUUUACAGGGAGCACGUGUGCGCCUAAGUUGAAAAAUGUAGGAGCACAAAAAUAAAUUUAGGAGCACAAAGACAAAUAUUUAAAGUAAUGGUGCAAAUAUUGUUAGGCCAAAUGUUAAUGUAGGAGCCAUUUUGUCCUAGUUAUGUGGUUGUUCUUACCGCGCUCACCAUUAACACAUUGGAACUAAAAUAUGCGCCUAUGGUAAUUACAUCUGCAUGUAUUCUCUCCAUACCUCUGUGCAGACCCGUCGCCAGACCUCAGUCUUAAGGGGGGCAUAUGAAAUGCAUGGGAGGGCAGGGCACAAUUAUUAUUAGCCAAUUAUUAUAUUUAAUUAUAAAUUCCCUCAAGUGGUGGGGGGCACAAGCAUUUUUGGGGGCGGGUGUGCCUCUGUGCAUCCAUACUUCCUGUGUGCCUAUACAUGUGACCCAUGACCCAAGUCAAUAUAGUGCCCUCUAGUGUACACAUUAAGUAGAAUAAAGAUAGACAAACUAUAUACACAACACCACAUAAGUAAGCCAGGUAUUUGACAACAUAACAUCCUACAGCUAACUAUAACAUAACUUCAUCUCCCAUCCUCUCCAACAUCACCCCAGGUCCAUGAUGAGGCUCAGUUCCUGGAGUGGCUGAGCUGCGGGGACAUGCAGGGCGUCAAGGUCCUCUCCAUCUUCGGCAACACGGGCGACGGCAAGUCCCACACCCUCAACCACAUCCUGUUUGGCGGGGAUACCGUGUUCUACACCUCCAAGUCCCCCAGCUCCUGCACGGUGGGCGUGUGGGCCGCCUUUGACCCCGGGCUGGGCCUGGUGGCUCUGGACACAGAGGGCCUGCUGGGGUCUGCGGCCAACCAGAACCAGCACAUGCGUCUGCUGCUGAAGGUGCUGGCCGUAUCGGACGUGGUGGUGUACCGCACGCGGGCUGAGAGGCUGCACAACGACAUGUUCCAGUUCCUAAGCAGUGCCUCAGGGGCCUACCUGAAGCACUUCACCCCCGAGCUGCGCGCCCUCUCCAGCCGCUGUGGCAUGGAUGUGCCCCUCUCCUCCCUGGGGCCGGCGAUCAUCGUGUUCCAGGAGACCACCCACACCCAGCUACUGGGCUAUGGUAUGUACAGGAGAGGCCCAGUCACUAACAUGCACCACAUGCAAUCCUAUGUUUCUAUGCAUGCAUUACACAACAAUUUGCUCAUGAGUUAGACAACACAUUGUGGUAUGGUUGGGGUAUGCUGUCGUGUUGUUGCAGACUCAUCUGCCCAAAGUAAUUGCACCUUGGGGAUAAAUAACAUAUAUUUUUAUUGAAUUGAACAACAAUACACUAACAUAUUACGUAAGGUCAGAAUCAUACUUAACCAUCACACUGGGUGAGACACACUCAUAGAUACAGGUUCACCAACUAAUACAGUCACACCCACACAUACUACACUAUUUACAGAACAGUCAGGUGGGUGUGUGAACUCAACCCAUGACGAUGUCCUACUUUGUCCCCACAGAGCGAACAGAUGUCCCUGGCUAUGCAGACACUCAGCUCCAGAGGCGCUUCCAUGACCUGGGCCUGGGUACAGAGGCCUUCAGCUCAGUGCAGUACGUGGGCACACAGACUAUCACUCCUCCGACCAACUACUCUCUGCUCCUGGAGGCUGUACGCCAGCAAGUCAGGAACACUGCCACACGAUCGCCCCGCCAACCGGCCAUCGUCUUCAGCGCUCUGCAGGUCUGUGUGUGUUUAUAUCUUUGCAUUGUUACAUAAUUCAUUUGUUUGAUAGACAGGUAAUGCCGGUACUAGUGAAUGUUAAUGAGAAUUGGGUGCUUGUCUGGUUAAAUAGGCCUUCCAUAACCAAUUAAUAUUUGUUUUGACCUCAUGACCCUGCUUGGCUCCUCCCCUUCCACCCCUUGGUCUCCUCAUCUCUCUCCUUCUCCCAUCCUCUCCAGGCCCUGAGUGACAGGUUCUGUGGGGAGAUCUUAGACGACAAGAUCCCCCUCUACUCCUUUUUCCCUGACGAAUACUUCACCUGCUCUUCAGUCUGCCUCAGCUGCAAGUAAGUGACUUACCUGCAUCUGCUGCAUGUAUCUGCUCAAAGUAACUAUCACAUGACUCAAAACAAAAUGGGGAAGAACUAACCUGAAUUUGUCCAAUAGAAUCUCUUGUUUUCAUUGCAAACCAUUUUCCAUUGCGAAACAUUUUUGCUACAGUGUGCACUAAUGAAUGGUGUAUUCACAUGCUGCACGUGAACAGGUAGUGCUAGGAUAUGUGUCCCUCCCAGAUCGGUUGUCACGAAGGAAGCAUAAAAGUCUGUUUGUCCUAUGUAAAUCAUACCUCUUGUCGUGGAAAUUCUUACACAGGGACACUCAAAGUCAAUCUUAAAUGAGUCAUUGUUUAUUGUCAGCGCGCUGGAGAAGUUCCAACAAACUGGAUGCACCAUAGUGAACAUCUGUCAGAAGCUCUGCUGGGGCAGUCCCAGCAGUUAUCUUAUAUACGGCUAUACACAGACAAGUUAUAUUUGCAUGAUUUAGCCUAAUUAAUUCAUCAUUACUGUUUUUUUUUUUCAUGUGACCGACCAAUACUGGUUCAUAACAUGUGACAGACCAAUACCUCAUGAGGCUUCUUCUCUCUAAGCUGAGACCUUGAAACUGAGAUAUAUUUGGUUUUCAAAACAAAGGUCUGGGCGUACUGCCAAAUUGCAGAUACUGAUAGUGAGGAUUUGUUCAGUCAGUCACUUGCAUGAAGACAGAGCAUGAACACAGAAAUUGGUUUAUAGAAAAGCACCAACAUAAACAUUUCCAUCACACUCUCUAUGGGUUUUCAUUCUGUACUGUACAGUGUCUUCUUUCACUUGGGAAAUUUGAGCUAGAUUAGAAACCCAAAUAUUUUCCCUAAACACACUGAUUGGUGUUCAUAUCCAGAAAUAGGUAGUGGUUUAACAGGCUCUCACUGCUUGAGGAUAAAGCCUUGUAUGUCCCUGUUAUCAAUGUGUUAUGAUUCACGUCUAACAUCUUAAGCCGCUAGGAGAAAAGGAGCAACGCCUUUCGGCCAUCCACCAAAAUGGCAGGCACAGAGAGAUAUUCAGAGAUGUUCAGCCAAAUAGUUACUGUACACCUUCACAUUUUACACAAGUAACUUGGAUGUUAGGUAUGUGAUGGAUGGAUUCAACCAUCCUUCUGAUUUUUAUAGGGGUUUUCCUUGUUUUCUUUCCCCUCAGUAUCCGCUGUAAGAACGGGAUGAACCAUCUAAGAGACAGGGUCCCUCACCUGGCAGACGGACUGUGUCAGUACGCUCACCAGUACAACAACAAGGUUCUCAUCUGCAAGGUAAGCCAUUUCACAUAUGGUCUAUGUCUGUGAUGGGACACAAGAGAGAAAGUUGAAGUGAUCUGAAAAGGAAAUGGACAAUAAAGUAUUCUUCUAAAUGGUAUAUGAUAUAGGAUUUAAUCCUGUGGAGAUGGUGUUGGACAAUUUGUAGUACAAGCAAACGCAUGAGCCAAGUGUAUGAAGCUAGCCUUAAUCAUAUUUUGUGUGCUCUCUCCCUGAUCCUACACACACAGAGGUGCUAUGAGGGGGGCAGGGAGGUUAUUGUCAUUCCCAAAACCUCAGCCUCAUCAGACAACCCCUGGUAUGGGCUGGCGAAGUACGCCUGGUCUGGGUGAGUUGCUGAGACACACCACACCUGGGACACACCACACACAUAUUUACUUUUUGAUGGUAUUAAAGAUGUCCCUUUCAACCAGGACUCUCGAAUUCGUUCAAUAAAGUACCACUCAUACAAAGAUGCACACAUACAAACAUGGAAUCCACUCUGCCAUCUAAGCCAAUGCACUAUAUAUUUCCUCCCCCUCUCAUCCUUUCCCCCACCACCCUCUCCACGGUGCCCCUGUCCUGCCAGGUAUGUCCUGGAGUGUGGCAGCUGUGGCAUUAUCUACCGCAGCCGGCAGUACUGGCUGGGCAACCAGAACCCAGAGUGCGGCGUGGUGCGGCCCGAGGUCAAACACGUCUGGGAGGGGGUGAGCUGAGCCUCUUAGUCCUACACACCCCUCACUGUACUGACAGGCACAACAUACAAACAGUCAGUCAAGCUCAGUUGAAGUUUCAGUGAGAAUAUUUAGAGGCAUUUGCGACAGAACAGGUUGGAAUAUACACUACCAGUCAAAAGUUUGGACACACCUACUCAUUCCAGGGUUUUUCUUAAUUUUUACUAUUUUCUACAUUGUAGAAUAAUAGGGAAUACAUUAAAACGAUAAAAUAACACAUGUGGAAUCAUGUAGUAACCAGCAGUACAGUACAGAACACUAACUGUUCAGAGGGGACUGUGUGAAUCAGGCCUUCGUGGUCGAAUUGCUGCAAAGAAACCACUACUAAAGGACAACAAUAAGAAGAAGAGACCUGCUUGGGCCAAGAAACACGAGCAAUGGACAUUAGACCGGUGGAAAUGUGUCCUUUGGAGAUAUUUGGUUACAACCGCCUUGUCUUUGUGAGACGUGGUGUGGGUGAACGGAUGAUCUCUGCAUGUGUAGUUCCCACCGUAAAGCAUGGAGGAGGAGGUGUUAUGGUGUGGGGGUGCUAUGCUGGUGACACUGUCUGUGAUUUAUUUAGAAUUCAAGGCACACUUAACCAGCAUGGCUACCACAGCAUUCUGCAGCGAUACGCCAUCCCAUCUGGUUUGGGCUUAGUGGGACUAUCAUUUGUUUUUCAACAGGACAAUGACACAACACUCCAGGCUGUGUAAGGGCUAUUUUACCAAGAAGGAGAGCGAUGGAGUGCUGCAUCAGAUGACCUGGCCUCCACAAUCCCCCGACCUCAACCCAAUUGAGAUGGUUUGGGAUGAGUCGGACAGCAGAGUGAAGGAAAAGCAGCCAACAAGUGAUCAGCAUAUGUGGGAACUCCUUCAAGACUGUUGGAAAAGCAUUCCAGGUGAAGCUGGUUGAGAGAAUGCCAAGAGUGUGCAAAGGGUGGCUAUUUCGAUGAAUCUCAAAUAUAAAAUAUAUUUUGAUUUGUUUAACACUUUUUUUGGUUACUACAUGAUUCCAUAUAUGUUAUUUCAUAGUUUUGAUGUCUUCACUAUUAUUCUACAAUGUAGAAAAUAGUAAAAAUAAAGAAAAACCCUUGAAUGAGUAGGUGUGUCCCGUGUAGCUCAGUUGGUAGAGCAUGGCGUUUGCAACGCCAGGGUUGUGGGUUCGAUUCCCACAGGGGGCCAGUAUGGAAAAAAUAUAAUAAUUAUGCACUCACUAACUGUAAGUCGCUCUGGAUAAGAGCGUCUGCUAAAUGACUAAAAUGUAAACAAUAUGUUACGUGUGUCCAAACUUUUGACUGGUACUGUAUAUGCUAAUAAGUCUCUGGCAUUAAUUUAACUUUCAAAGUAUGUCAGCUAUCAAAGGUUAAUAAAGAUAAUGUUACUUGCACUGGCAACGUCAACACUGCACACUGUACUUCAAAUUGUCAUGGUCAUCAUCAAUUAUGAAUGGAUGAAUACGUACUGCCAACAUAGAUAUCAAAUACGUUCAAAGAUGGCCUCCCUCUCCUCUGACCGUUGCUCUCCCUGUCUCUGUGUGUCCAGUCUGAGGCCUUCCUGACAGACCACCAGAAUGCGGCCCAGAGGGUGCUUGAUGGGAUGAACUUUGUGAUCCAGUCUGUGUCGGAGUACAGUACGGGCCCCACCAAGGCUGUCACCUCCUGGCUCACUGACCAGGUGGCCCCGCACUACUGGAGACCCAACACGGACAUCACCGUGAGUCAUCACUCUCAUAGCAUCAGAGAGUCUAGCAUCAUCAUCGACCAGCAGCAUGGCAUCUAGACCAGCAACACAUACACAGGCUUUUUGAACAGAUAGCAGAGCCUAAGAAUAGCUGUUUUUAUUGAGGCGAUAGACCCAGUACCCAAAUACCUAAAGGAUGCAGCAUUAACCAAUAAUCGUCUGUUGUAAUUCUCAAAUGUGGCACUGUUUGUGUGGUUUGGUAUGGUUGUGUAUGAGUGUAUAGUUUUGACUGCUGACUCUUGACAUUAUUGUGCUGUGUCCCUGUCCCCCAGGCGUGUCACUGCUGUAAGAAGCCCUUUGAGGAGGCGGAGAGGAAGCACCACUGUCGUUCGUGUGGCGAGGGCUUCUGCCAGGCCUGCUCCACCCGCAGGAUGCCCGUGCCCGAGAGGGGCUGGGGCAGCACCCCCGUCCGGGUCUGUGACGCCUGCCACCGCCAGGGAGGGACCGACACCACCAACCAGGGUCAGGAUGCCAGCUAAUGUUACCUCCCCCAAAGUCUGAUUUAGGAUCAGUGUUUGGUCAUGGAUGUUAAUGUAAAAGCUGAUGUUACCUCUCCGAAGUCUGUUUUAGGAACAGUGUUGGGUCAUGGAUGUUAAUGUAAAAGCUGAUGUUACCUCUCCGAAGUCUGUUUUAGGAACAGUGUUGGGUCAUGGAUGUUAAUGUAAAAGCUGAUGUUACCUCUCCGAAGUCUGUUUUAGGAACAGUGUUGGGUCAUGGAUGUUAAUGUAAAAGCUGAUGUUCCCUCUCCGAAGUCUGUUUUAGGAACAGUGUUGGGUCAUGGAUGUUAAUGUAAAAGCUGAUGUUCCCUCUCCAAAGUCUGUUUUAGGAACAGUGUUGGGUCAUGGAUGUUAAUGUAAAAGCUGAUGUUACCUCUCCGAAGUCUGUUUUAGGAACAGUGUUGGGUCAUGGAUGUUAAUGUAAAAGCUGAUGUUCCCUCUCCAAAGUCUGUUUUAGGAACAGUGUUGGGUCAUGGAUGUUAAUGUAAAAGCUGAUGUUACCUUAGUCUGAUUCAGGAUCAGUUUUUAGUCAACUUACUUUACUUACUUACUUCGACCCAUUGGGCUCUGGCCAAAAGUAGUACACUAACAAAGGGAAUAGGGUGCCAUUUGGGAGGCAAACUAAGUGUUUGAUGUGAAUAGUAAGUGUUCAUUCAUCUCCCUUGAGAAAGAGACGACUCAUCUCAAGGAACUUCCUGGUUAAAUAGAGGUUAAAAGAAUGUGGGCCAGUGAUCCUGAUGGCUCUGUUGGUCCCUCUCUGUGUCCUGUAGUGGCUGUGGUGGAGCCGCGGGGGCUGAUGGCCCGCAGGGUGACAGAGGUGGCCCAGUCUACUCUAGACAUGGUCACCACUGCAGUGGACUACCCUCUGUGUGAGUACGGCUAUCGUCAUGUUGGCACCAGCGUCGUGUUUGAGAAACGCAUCACAAAUAAAGCUAGCUAGUAUACAUGUCUCUGUGUAUUCACAAAAACACUUCACACCAGGAAUCAUAGACAAUUUACAGCAUAUGCAGACAGUAAUCCACAAGAUACAGCAUUUAAUAUUAUAUUCACAAAGAUUACACAGUCUUUGUCCUCUGCACUGACUGUCAACGGCAACUAUUGUAUAAAGAGUUAUUUAUUUAUCUCUCUCCUCCAUGUUCCAGGCUUUGUGAAGGGAGUGGCCCGGCCUGACUACUGGAUCCCCGACCCCCAGAUCGUGCAGUGCCACCAGUGCAGCAAAGCCUUCACCCCCAGUAUGUCCAAGCACCACUGUCGGGCGUGUGGCCAGGGUGUCUGCAGCGGUUGCUCCUCCAUGAGCCGCCCCGUGCCCUCCCGUGGCUGGGACCACCCUGUCCGUGUCUGUGACAGCUGCGCCAGUCGCAAGGGCAGCCUGUGAGGCAAGGGCAGAGACCAGGGACACUGUGCUGCCAGGCAUCUGAAAUCUAGUCAGACGCCACGGCACACUACAUGUUGCUUCUCUUUGUCUCCCUGUGCACUAUGAGCCACCACUGACCUCCAAGAGAAAAAGACCCAAUCCAGGUGACCCCUGCCCUAUGGGGAAGGCACUCGAUGGAUGUCCUGAAGUAGCACUCUAAACAUGGAACUGCCUCAUCUGAUAUCGACUGCCUAAAAUCAGGAACAAGAACUGGACUAGUGGGACAAGAACUGGACUUCUGAAAACUGGAAAGUCGAGACAGUUGUAAAUGACUGAGUGUAGAAGAUACCUAAUCCUACCAGAAGAGAGAAAAAGACUGAGAAAGCCCCCAACCCAAACUACCCACUGUCUGCACUGAAAGACAUUAGCC